AUGCCUGGUUCCUCCGCAUUCGCCCUGCUCCGCGAGAGUGACAACUCGGAGGAAGGGGAAGCCCCACCUGGAGAUGGCAAAGUUUCAAACGACACCACCGCAACGGAAGCCGCUUCGGACCGCUUCAGCGACGGCGAGGCAGACGCUCACAGCGAGGAGCUACUACCAGAUGGUCCCAACGGUCCCUGUAGCGCAUCACGACGCAGGUUGACUGGGGAAUUGCUGCAUCUCUACCGCCGCGAACGUGGCAUCUCCUUGGAAUCCUUGGAGAAGGGUGGGGACAUCGGUGACAUCGGGGAGCGUGCCGAGGCGUGCUCGCCUGUCCUCCGCUUCGAUGACCUCUGCAGCCGUGGGGUCCAUGUGUUGCUGGCGCGCGCCGCCAAGCGCUGCGCGGGGGGCCAUGGCACCACCACGGCGGUGCAGGCAGAAUGCUGGGGCCAACUACUGAAACUCAGAGAUGGCCGUGGUCUGCCCCCAGCGCCCUCACCGCGGGCGCUGGCGCUGGAGGCGCUACACGCGCCGCGCGCCUCGGAGCUGCUGCAGCAGGCGCUGCAAGUGCCGCUGCCCACGGCGCGGCCGGAGGAGGAUUGGGAGCCAAAGAUGCCCUUCGAUCCAUCCUGCAGUCGCUGCCACGUUCGGGAAGGACGUGACCUGGUGGGCAUUGCCCCAACAGGAAGUGGGAAGACGCUGGCAUAUUUGUUGCCACUCCUUGCUGAUGGGCUUUGCAAGGCACAGUGUGCCGCGCCACCCACCCUGGAUGCCAUCUUUGAACGCUUCCAGGCGUUGUAUCCAAGGUCCUUUGAGCCUGGCCGUGGCAGGCGAAACUGGUAGUUUGACCAGAAAACUGCUGUCUGAAAAGGGUGACCUUUGGGGAUCUUUGGGGAAAAUGAUGAGUAACCCCCGGGGUGCUGGUUGGAUAACAUCAUACUAUUACACCAUAUUACUCCCU